GGCCAUGUCACUCUUGUGGCGAGACCACUCGCAGGGCAAAGGGCGCGUACAAAACCCGACUGAAUGUAAACACUGGUGAAAUGCCCAGUUUCCGAACACCAGGAAGACAUGGAUAUUCGGUUCAGUUUUCUCCUUUCUUUCCGCACAGACUUGCUUGUGCAUCUUGCCAGUAUUAUGGUAUAGCAGGAACUGGUUCACUGUUUGUGCUUGACAUAGCACAUGAUGGAAUAAACCCAGUGCAAGUAUUUGAAUACAGUGAUGGCCUUUUUGACGUGGCAUGGGCAGAAAAUAAUGAACAUCUUCUUGUAACAGCAGCUGGUGAUGGAUCUAUACAAGUGUGGGAUGUUAUGCAGCCUCAGGUCAAACUAAAAAUAUUUAAAGAACAUGCAAAAGAGGUGAAUGCAGUUAGCUGGAGUCAAACAAGAAAUGAGAACCUGUUUUUAUCAGCGUCUUGGGAUUCUUUAAUAAAAGUGUGGGAUUUAACUCAAAGCCAGUCACUGAUAACACUAACAGGUCAUGUCAACAAUGUGUAUAGUGCUGUGUGGUCACCACGAGUGCCUGGAGUUAUUUCUUCUGCUUCAGGAGAUAAAACAUUGAGAGUGUGGGACUUGAGAAAAAGUAAAGAGAGUGUUGCUGUGAUCCAAGCGCAUGGAGAGGAAAUUCUCACCUGUGACUGGUGCAAAUAUGACCAGCAUCAGAUUUUCUCUGGAAGUGUUGAUGGAACGAUUCGUGGAUGGGACACUCGAUCAUAUCAGCUUCCAUUCUGUGAACUUAGAGGUCAUCAGUAUGCAGUCAGAAGAAUAAAGACAUCACCAUUUGUGCCCACAUCUCUGGCCUCUUCUUCUUAUGAUUUUACAGUAAGAACAUGGGACAUUACUAAGCAAAAACAGAUGGAAGUUAUUGAACAUCAUACAGAGUUUGUCUAUGGAUUAGAUUUCAAUAACCAUCUUCCAGGGCAGAUGGCUGACUGUGCUUGGGAUGGGAUCAUUCAGGUUUAUCAGCCACAAUCUUGUACACCAUUAGCUUCCUGAAUAAAAAUGUUUAUUUGUGAGGGUAUUAAGAAAAAGCAUGUUUGGUGUGUAAAACUCAUAUGAAAACCAGUAACUGCUAUGUUAGCAAGUUUGAUACAGUCUUAAAUUGAUAUCAGGCAAUUGUGACAAAUAUGUAAAAUUCAAUCUUUCACAACAACAGUAUGAUUAAUACUGUUGCGUGAUAUUAUUUUUGUAACUGAACCUGAUGUGAUAAUUAAAUUUUAGUAAACUGCAGCUGGAGCGCGUUUGGUGUAGCGUGUACCGUUGACAAUGCUUUGUUCCCUCCAUCCUGCACCCUCCUUCCCUUUCUGUGAGGUGGCCAGCCGCGCUAUAUUUUGAGUGCAGGAGAGUACCAUUGCGCCGUGAAGGUGUUCUGGUCCUGUAUCAAGUGGUUCACAUACCUCAAACUCCCUUCUCUCCUCCCUUAGUUAUCAGUGACUUAGAAACGUGCGUAGAUUUAAGAAUUAAUAAUAAUAAACGUGUGAUUUAUAUUGGCCCAUAAUCACGCUCACGAAGACAUGGACAGAAUACGAAGGACGAAAGAAGAAACAACUGUGCAGACAAGCAAUAAAAGACAAGCAUAGAAGACACAAAGAGGAAUCGGAGAACAAUUAAUAAGGAUGGAGUGUCAAAUCUGCAGAGAAAAAGGUGAGCAGGCGGACUAUUCACUUGACUGUAAUGACAGCUAUUGACAGUUAUGCGGUGUAACGAGUAAAUGCUCGUGGAACAUGUGUUUUUAGUGCACAUUUUAAAGGAUUUGAUGGUGGGUGGACUGUGGAUAUGGAAGGAAAGAGACUUUCACUUUCAUUUUGCAGCACAGUAACUAAACAUCCGGUGACCAUAUGUGAUUGUUCUGGUUACGGAGAUAGCGUACAGUCAUUAGACCAUGGACGUGGGAUAUUCGUGAUCAGACAAAGAACGGACUAGUCUGGCUGGGAUGUAAGGGAAGAGAAAUGGUUGGGGCAGGAGCCUGCAAAGAAAUUAAAACAGCACAGUUUGUACUGAAUGCGAGAACUGAUGGGUAACCAGUGCAGACAACGUAGGAGAGGAGUGACAUGAUCCCACUUCUUUAUUGCUUGAAACACCAGACGUUCACCGGAAUUCUAUACUUUUGGUAGAAAAUUAUCUACAUCAGAAGAAAUGCUAGUUAUGUCUAUAAUAGGAUGGAACUGGUUUGCGUGUGUAAAUAAUGUAAAUAAACCCAUUUUAAAUGUA